ACGUGAUCGAGGCGGCUUGUUCAAACUAUCACAAUCAAAGUUUAUACGGCAUCUAAAACGCGCGGUUCCUUAGAUAAAAAAAUAAAUUAAUAUUUUAUCGAUAACUCAAAGUGAAGAGUGUGUAUCAUAAUCCAACUAUAACUUUGUAGUACCAGGUUGCUCGUGAACAAUGGGAGAAUUUGGAAAACGACUUGGCUUAGAUGAGCUGUCGAACGGCGCUGGAGCUGUCAGCAAGGCCCUUCUUGCUGAGUUUAUCGGUAACUUACUGCUGAAUCUGUUUGGAUGCGGGUCGUGUAUCAACGUCACUUCUGGAGUCGACGCAGCGCCGAACAUCGUCCUUAUCGCGUUCGGAUUCGGGCUCGCUGUGUUCGCCGCUGUCUCUGCAAUCGGGCACAUAUCUGGAGGUCACCUCAACCCCGCGGUGACAGCCGGCAUGGUGUCCACUGGUCGUAUCAAGCCCGCACGAGCCCUGCUCUACGUCAUCGCACAAUGCGCAGGUGCAGCUGCAGGCUCCGGGUUCCUCAAGGUCUUCACCCCUGAUCGCGCGGCCGGGAAACUUGGAGUCACUGGCCUGGGAGCUCAGGUCACGGCGGUUCAAGGAUUUGGUAUUGAGUUCUUCCUUGGCUUCGUGCUCAUCUUCGUCGUGUGUGGGGUGUGCGAUCCAAACAAACCAGACAGCAAGGCCACCGCUCCUCUGGCCAUCGGUCUCACAGUGACGCUGGGCCACCUGCUCGCCGUGGACUACACCGGCUCAUCCAUGAACCCUGCCAGGUCGUUCGGCUCCGCGCUAAUCGCCAACGAAUGGGCUGACCACUGGGUAUACUGGGUGGGCCCGAUAGCCGGCGGAGUCGCAGCAGCCUUGCUCUACGUUCACGGAUUCUCCGCGCCCCCCGCUGACAACAUUACCCCACCCCGCUACCGACCUGUUGCUGGUGACGAGAAAGAGCUGAAGAGAUUGGACGGCAAAGGUGAAGAUUUGGCGUGAAUAGCAUACAUUUUGUAACACGUCUCAUAAUAUACCCAACGACCUGUCUACAAAAGCAUAGUGCUGAUACGAACAAAACGAACAAACAUAAGGCACUGCAAUGUAAUCUCACUCAAAUAUAUCUGUACAUGUACCUACUAUCAUUAUAGUUUAUAAAUACAUCAUUUUUAUAAAUUUUUAAUGUUCUGAGCUAAAUUUUACCAAAUUAUAAAUACUUACUCAAGAAAUCCACACGUCACAAAUAUCGAAUAUAAAAUCUAAUGCUCAAUAGUAAAAACGAAUUAUGUAUUUAUGUACCUUUUAACUGCCAGUUCAACAAAAAAAAAAAUAAUUAUAAUGAACGUAACUGCAAAUUAUAACAAAAUGUAUUGCUUAUCUCAUAUCUUCCAAUAUUUAAAGUUUAUAUUAUAUUAUAGAUAUAAGAUGAAUGUAUUUCAUAUACUCAAUGUUUCUGUAGAAUAAGAUGUGUGUUUGAUGUUUUGCUUUUUUAUUGAAUGCUUUACUUGAAUUAUUUUUAACUUAUUUAUUGAUUAAGCAAAGAAACUAUAUUUAUUUGAAAUUAUACUUAGUAUACAUUGGCUGUUUUAUAUAAAAGUUAAAAUUACUGAUAAGCCAGAGUUCAGAAUAUUCCACUUAUCUACUCGACUUUUAAUCACACUGCUGAGUGACCAUAAUAUUAGUGUGAUAUAAAAAAAUAAACUACCACGAUAAUUUGUUCCCUAGCGAUUGUAAAAUUAAUCUGUGUUUAUCCUUACUGAUAAUAUUUCUACAAAUAAAUGUAUUUUACUAAAA